AUGAGCACAUCGGUACCGGAAAAGGGUGGAAUCUUUGACGCGCUACGUGUCGACUCCAACGAUCCCAACGAUUCGCUGAGAGAGGAGCUCUGUGUCACGCCGAAGAUUGACGAGAAGAAUCUCGAAUACAUCGGGGAAGUGCUUGAACGAAAGAAGUCCGUGGUACCAUUUCUCACCCAAACCAUCAAUCAGCUGGCUCUGGUUCGAAAUGAGAAAAUGGAACGAGCCGCCGACUUGAUCUGUACCCUAUUCCGCCUUCCACACGGAUCAACUGAUUGCUCAUUCUUCCGACUCAUCAAAGUGCUCCGAUCGUUCGGAAUUUGGGAAAAUGAUCCGAGGCUGAAGCAGAUGUUCGAUCGAAUGAAGAAGCACGAUGAGGAGAAUGAGGAUUCGCGGCAAUGGGCUAUGUCUCAGGAGAAGUUUAAGGAAAUAAUCUUCCCGUGCACAAUUUUGAUCUCGCGUACCCUCCGCAAUCAGCUAAUCAUACCCUCAUGGCUAGAAUUUACUCAACUCAUCGAAACAAUUUUCGAAACGUGCCGAGAGUCGAAAGAAGGUGAGGUCGCUUCCUACAUUCCGCAAUUAGCUCGGCAGAGUCCGCAUCUAUGGGGAAUGUCGAUCUGUACGAUCGAUGGACAACGAUUCUCGUUGGGUGAUUCGAAGAAGAACUUCUGCCUUCAAUCCGUCUCCAAAGCUUUCAACUAUGCAAUUGUUGCGUCGGAAAUCGGAAGUCACGUGCUUCAUCAAUAUGUUGGUCAUGAGCCAAGUGGACGGCUUUUUAAUGAGAUUUGUCUCGAUUCGAAUAACAUGCCGCACAAUCCGCUAAUCAAUGCUGGCGCAAUUGUUGUUACGUCAAUGAUUAAGCCAACACAUUCGAUGGCUGAUCGUUUCGAUUUUAUGCUCAAACAGUACCGGAAACUGGCCGGCGGAGGUCAUGUUGGAUUCGAUAAUGCCACAUUCCUGUCAGAACGUGACACUGCUGACCGAAACUACGCAUUAUCGUAUUACAUGAAAGAGUAUCGAUGCUUUCCGGACGAAUCUCAGGUCUAUGAAAAGGCAAAGGGACUGCGUGAAGAGCUUGAUCUCUACUUCCAACUGUGCUCACUGGAGACCAACUGUGACACGGCUGCAGUCAUGGCCGCUACGUUGGCAAAUGGUGGAAUCUGUCCGUUGACGACCGAGAAGUGUUUGGGAUCCCGUCCGUGUCGUGAUAUUUUGUCGCUGAUGUACUCGUGCGGAAUGUAUGAUUAUUCAGGAAAAUUCGCGUUUCAGGUUGGACUUCCAGCCAAAUCCGGUGUCUCUGGUAUCAUGAUUGUGGUCAUUCCAAAUGUGAUGGGAAUCGCACUCUACUCGCCGCCACUCGACAAAACUGGAAAUUCGUGUCGUGGAGUCGCGUUCUGUCGUCAGCUCAUCGAUAAAUUCAACUUCCAUAAUUAUGAUUCGUUGCUCCAUCCUGAUGAUUCAAGGAAAAUCGACCCUCGUAGAAAGAUUGGACCACGAGAGAAUGAGACUAUUGUGCAGGUUAUGUACGCUGCAAAGAAUGGAGAUUUGGAUUCCCUCCGCCGAAUGUUCAUGCAAGGAGCCGAUCUCAAGACUGCCGAUUAUGAUAAUCGUACGGCGCUCCACGUGGCAGCCGCUGAGGGAAGAAUCAAAGUGUGCAAGUUUUUGAUCAAUAUUGUCGGAAUUCCACAUGACGUUCGCGAUAGAUGGGGCCGCUAUCCACUGGACGAUGCCCGCCAGUUCAAGAAUAAAGAGGUCGCGCUCUACUUGUUCCGUCUCCAAUAUCCAACAAAGAGAAUGCCGGAGAACUGGUUCGAAGUUGGCGGAGAUCUUCUCGUUUCGGAACUUGAACCCGAUAACUCAAGCGUCGAUGACGGAGAAGCCGAGAGCUCUGGAGAGGAUGAGCUUGGAAAUGGAAUAACUGGAAUGUUGACUGACGAUUUGGAGAAACGAGAGUGGGCGCUUCAUGCUAAUGGAAAUAUGGGCGAAAUCAACUACCAGCUUGUCAGAAGGAAAUCAUCAAAAGCUCCACCGACGCCCGACUACAAGCCACCGCAAUUUGGCUACGGUGCUCUUCCAGUUAGCAAGUACCAGCAGCAGCUUCAACUUCAGCAGCAACAGCAGCAAAACGAAAAGAAAGCCAGCCAAGACAAGCAUCGUAACAUCAAUGGGCAUGGACAUAUGAAUGGCAAUGGAACUCACACAAACGGCAAUCAUCAACAUCACCAGCCCCACCAGCUCCCGCAAAACAUUCCACAUCAUAUGCUGCUCAACGGUGCCGCCGGAGGGCUCAAUACGCGGAGGCUCAGCUCGCCGAACGAGCAGGACGAGGAUAAUGUGCGUAGUUCUAGCUCGCAGGAACUGUUGAAGUCUCUUGAUGUUUAGAAUUAAUAAGGAUCAACACAUCGACGUGGAUAGUGUCUAAAUAUAAUACGCAUUUUAUGAUUUUUUUAAAAUUUCUUCAUUCUUUUAUGUUCCCGCUUUAUCAAGAUAUUUGUUACCCGGCUCCCUGUUACCAAAGACUGAGUAUCUUCUGGAUACCACCACACACCCACCCAAUUCUUUAACACCGGUUUCGCAUAAUUUCAGUGAUUUUCUUUUCCCGUUUAGUAGCUCCCAUUCUCUGUAAGAGAUUUUUCUUUUUUUUUCUUCUUUUUGCUAUGAAAAAUAAUAAAUCUUUAUGAUUAGAAUU